UUUUUUUUUUGGUUUCCCGUUUAUGACAAUCUACAAUUUAGAUUAUUUUUCUCGUUUCCGAUCUUUCUUGACGACAACGUUGUUUCCGUAGAUCAACCCUUGUAAAGAGUACGCAAUCUUAGUCUUCGUGACCGUUACAGACAUCAGAACACCACGAGCACGCCAUUCCGUGCCCGUCGCUGGUCGGUUAUUACCAGUGAAUACGCAUACGUGGAAUGGCAGGAAGAGGUUUUUUAAAGAGCCGUUUGGCUCAGGUCACCACUCCUAAAGAACCCGAGGAACUACCUAAACACGUGGAACCCCCUAAACCCGUGGAAUCACUUAAAACUGAUGAAUCUCUACAAUUACCGACUCAAUCAAUACCAUAUACUGGAGUGCCAAAAAUUCCGAUUCCGGCUAUAAGUACUCAAACUUUAGUUGCUGGUAAUCAACAAGUUGUUCGUGGAAGAAGGGCCAUGUUAGCUAAUAUUGCACAAGGGACUGGUUCUCAAAAAAUGUGUGAAAACUUAACAUCAACAUUCUCAAAGAUCGAUCUUGUGUGUCCAACUAUUAAACCAGUAAAUACCAAUACAGAAGUAUCUAAAUUACUUUCACCUCCAAAACAGCCAAAACCACAAAUCAUAGAUAUUCCAGCAGAAAAAGAAGAAAAUUCUCCAGUAAUAUAUCGAGUCUUAAAAAAAUCCGAUAAAGAUUCUUUCCACAUGACCCAAUUAUCUUCAAAUUACAUAAGAAUUAAGCUGGAAGAAGACAAAGGAAUAUACGAAUAUAGAGUCGAUUUCCAUCCUCCAGUUGAUGCAAAAUCUGCUAGGUUUUUCUUAGUUAAUGAACAUAGAGAUAAAUUUCCUGUUAAAACAUUUGAUGGGACAUUACUUUAUUUACCAAAAAUGCUACCAGAUAAAGUAACAACAUUAGUGGGAAAAUUAAGAGAUGAAUCUGAAGUGACUUUAACAAUAUCAUUUAAGCGUAAAAAUUCUUUGCGUGAAUGUAUACAUUUUUAUAAUGUUUUUCUUCGUACAAUAAUGAAGAUUCUAGGCCUAGUAGAAUUUGGUAGAAGUUGUUAUGAUCAAAAUAAAAGGAUACUCAUACCCGAGUUUAAACUUGAAGUUUGGCCAGGCUAUAUAACUACUAUUGAUGAGUUUCAAAAUGGUCUUUAUAUGUGUUGUGAAGUUUCGCACAGAAUUUUACGUGUACAAACAGUUCUUCAAAUAAUGACAGAAAUCAUGAUGAAUUCCAAAAACAACAACUCAGAUAGUAAGCAAGAAAUAAUGGCUGCAUUGUGUGGUUCUACAGUAAUUACACAUUACAAUCGUAAGACGUACAGAGUUGAUGAUGUAGACUUUUCAAUAAAUCCUUUAACAACUUUUGAUCAAAAUGGUGUUCAAGUAUCAUAUAAAGAUUAUUAUAAAAAGAUGUAUGACAUUGAAAUUAAAAAUCUUAAUCAGCCUAUGAUUGUAACAAAAGCAAAAAAAAAAGACGUGAAUAAAAAAAAUGCAACAGAGGAUUCAGAUAUUUGUUGCUUAGUUCCUGAACUUUGUAAUUUAACUGGUCUAACUGAAGCAAUGAAAUCGGAUUUUAAAUUAAUGAAGGCUCUUCAAAACCAUACUUUGGUUACACCAGAAGUGCGACAAAAUGCUAUAAUUGAUUUUGUUAAUCGUAUAAAUGCUCAUGAAGUUGCUAGCAAAAAAUUUAAUGAUUGGGGUCUUAUGAUGCGUCCAAUACCAGUGAAAAUGGAAGGACCUGUUUAUAAAAAAGAAACUAUAUUACUGGGGAAUAAUAUCAGAAAACCGGUUGGAAUGAAUAUGGACUGGGGAAUGGAUGUAGCAAAAAAUGCAAUGUUUGUUGCUGUUAAUAUGUUAAAUUGGGCUAUUAUGUAUAAUCCAAGAGAUGAACCAACAGCUAAAGCAUUUUGCAAACAAUUGUCUUUAUGCAGCCGUGCUCUUGGUAUGGAAAUUAAUUCACCAAAGCCCAUUAAAGUUCCAGGCCCAAAUCCAGAAGUUUAUGUUAGUACAAUAAACAACACAAUAAAAAAUAACCCAGAUAUACAAUUAGUUGUUAUUAUAUUCCCUAACCAAAGAGAAGACCGUUAUAAUGCCGUUAAACGAAUUUGUUGUUCAGAAAUUGGUAUUCCAUCUCAAGUGAUAAUCUCAAGAACAUUAUCCAAGCCAGAUAAAUUACAAUCUAUUACUCAAAAAAUUGCUUUACAAAUUAAUUGUAAAUUAGGAGGUGCUUGUUGGGCUAUUGAUAUUCCAUUGAAAAAUACUAUGAUUGUAGGAAUUGAUGUAUACCACGAAAAAGGUAAACAAAUGAGUAGUGUGGUUGGUUUUGUAGCUUCGAUGGAUAAGACAUUUACUGAAUGGUAUUCAGUUGCUGCAAUGCAAAGAAGUACUCAUCAAGAACUUAUGAAAUCUAUGCAAGAUGCUUUCCAUAAAGUUGUUUGCCAGUUUAAAAUAAAAAAUGGGUUGUUACCUGAAAAAAUAAUUAUAUAUAGAGAUGGUGUAUCUGAUGGUGAUUUAAAACAAGUAGAAGAGAUUGAACUAUCAGAUUUGAUUGAAUCUUUCAGAAGUUACCCGGGAAAUUAUAAUCCUAUGGUUUCUUUAAUAAUUGUACAGAAACGUAUUAACACUAGAGUGUUCCAGUAUGUAAAUGAAAAGUAUUCAAAUCCAAGUUCUGGAACUGUUAUUGACAAUACUGUAACCAGAAGAAAUUAUUUUGAUUUUUUUUUGGUUUCUCAACAUGUGCGUCAGGGUACUGUUAACCCUACUCAUUACAUUGUUUUAAAAAAUGGAUGUAAUUUGAGUGUUGAAAAUGUUCAAAGAUUAUCUUACAAGUUGUGUCACUUGUAUUACAAUUGGUGUGGCACAGUAAAAGUUCCUGCUCCUGUUCAAUAUGCACAUAAAUUGGCUUAUCUUAUUGGACAAAAUGUUAGACAAAUGCCAUGUGAUAGUUUAUGCAACACUCUGUUUUUCCUUUAAGAGAUAUAUAUAAUUUUGUACGACCAGGGAGGUCUUUUCAAUUUAUUAUGUACAGAAAUAUUAAGUUUUUUUGAUUUACAAGACUAUUACUGAUAUGUGACUACAAUUAUUAUUAUUAUUUUUUUUAUUCUCAACAUUUUCUAGGGUAUAAUUUUUACCCUUUUUUGUGAUUGUAAUAAAUAUUCAUACGUUUAAUAACAGUUUAAAUU